CGCGCGCGUCCCGCUCCGCCGGCGACGGCGCCAGCGCCAGCUUUACAGUUGAACUGUUGUCUACUCAGUAGCAGGAUCAUCAUCUGUUAAAGGAAGAAGAAUGGUAUCCAUGGCAGAGACAAGAAUGGCAAGGAUUCCUGAUCUCUGCAUUGAUUUAUCUGAUCAGGGAAUGGGGUCUUGUUUUACAAGAUUGUCCUUUGAAUAUUAAUCUACAUUUACCUCAGUAUUUUAAAGUUUGUUGAUAGUUUGGAUAAAUGAUGGCUCAACUCCAGCAGGGAGGUCCAGAUGAAAAAGAGAAGACCACUGCAUUAAAGGAUUUAUUGUCUAGAAUAGACUUGGAUGAACUAAUGAAAAAAGAUGAGCCACCACUUGAAUUUCCUGAUACUUUGGAAGGAUUUGAGUACAUUUUUAAUGAAAAAGGACAAUUAAGACACAUUAAAACUGGGGAGCCAUUUGUUUUUAAUUAUCGUGAAGAUUUGCAUAGAUGGAACCAAAAGCGCUAUGAAGCUCUUGGAGAGAUCAUUACUAAAUAUAUUUAUGAACUACUAGAGAAGGAAUGCCACUUGAAGAAAGUAACUCUUCCAGUUGAUGCAAUUGAGACUGAACCAAAGAGCUUUAUCUUUAUGAGUGAAGAUGCAUUAGUAAAUCCUGACAAGCUGCUGGUCCUAAUUCAUGGUAAUGGUGUUGUCAGAGCUGGUCAGUGGGCAAGGAGACUCAUAAUUAAUGAAGAUCUGGACAGUGGAACACAGAUACCGUACAUAAAGAGAGCUAUUGAGGAAGGCUAUGGAGUAAUAGUUCUGAAUCCCAAUGAGAACUAUAUUGAAGUUGAGAAGACAAAAGCCCAAAUACAGCUGUCUUCUGAUAUCUCAGAUGAACCUGCAGAAAAGAGAGAAAGAAAAGAUAAAAUACAGAAGGAAACAAAGAAGCGACGUGACUUCUAUGAAAAGUAUCGAAAUCCGCAAAAAGAAAAAGAAACUAUGCAGAUCUAUAUUAGAGAUAAUGGCUCUCCUGAAGAACAUGCAAUUUAUGUUUGGGACCAUUUUAUUUCCCAGUCAGCUGCAGAGAACGUGUUUUUUGUUGCUCACGGUUAUGGUGGACUUGCCUUUGUAGAGUUGAUGAUUCAACGAGAGGCAGAAGUAAAGAAUAGGGUAACUGCUGUGGCGUUGACAGACUCAGUUCACAAUGUGUGGCAUCAAGAAGUUGGGAAAACUAUUCGAGAGUGGAUGCGAGAGAACUGCUGUAACUGGGUAUCCAGCUCCGAGCCCCUGGACACAUCAGUGGAGUCCAUGCUGCCAGACUGUCCCCGUGUCUCUGCAGGAGAUAUCGGCUUCCCAUAAAGAUCUGAGAUCUUCCUGCCUGUACAGAGGAAUGGGUGCAGCUUCAGAGAAUAAGGAUCUGAAAGAACACAAGAGGAACCCUGCACUGUUGACUGGCAAUUGGUCACCUUCCUUUGAGAUGGUGGUUUGAGACCCCAUCCACUGACAUGGGAAGUGAAGUUGGUUGUUGCUUCUAGUGUCAGUGGCUUAACAACUGCACUUUCUUAUAGGUGAAGGCUCUCCCUUCUUCAUCCGUCUUAAAAAAGAAGUGGAUUUCCACCUUUAUUUUUUUUUUUUAAGGAACAACAUUCAUUGCUUCCAGGUUGCAACAUUCACAGCAUUUCUAGUUUUCAUUACUUUAAUCAGUCAGUCUGUCCUAGCUGAUUAUUUUUACCAAUGCCUUGUAAAUGCCGUGCAUUUUUUAAAAAAAGUAAAUCUUGGGAUGGAGAAGCCUCACAAGUGGCGAGGCAAGGUGUUCACUCAAGCUAAUAGUAGGAUUUCUGGUACACUAAGCAGAGGAGGAGCAUAAAGGAGAGGAGAUUAAAGGAGAGCCAGAAUACUGUUUUUCAUAUUCUGUUUUCUCUGGGUGACAACAUAGAGACACAAACAUCCAGUGGAGGUGACACCAAAACGUGAUGGGCUUUCCCAGCAGCCAAAUGCCACAGGUUGUUCUCAUUGAGGCAACCAAGCAAGACCAUGCCCUAAACAAGAAGAUUAGAUGCAAAGUAAUCAUUAAUACCAGUAUACCCAGCCUGUGAGAAAUGUGGGUUAACUGGAAAACAGAUACCACCUGAGAAUCCUUCAUGUUGCAUGGUGUCAGUAGAAAAUGCACACAUAUAACAUUGGGAAUAUCAGCUCCCCUUGUAGAGGAUGUCUUUCUUCCAAAGCAGCUCAGAGCUCAGCAGAGAAGUGAGGACUUUUUCUAUGAUGUUGGGGGUUGAUCAUGAAGCUUGUGUUUUAUAAAGUUUUGGAAAUUCCAGGUGAAGUGGAAGCAUGAGCAUUUAUAUCACCUACUGUCAGACUGUCUCACUGUAGGAGAAUUUUGCUCCACGAUAUGGGCAAGUCCUGGUUUCUGCCAAUCUGUGCCUUCACUGGAAUGACAUUUUUAUUUGUGUGGUUUUAGCUGUAUUCACAGCUUGUAGUUUACACCUGCAGAUAAAUGAUGUUAUCUUGGUAAAAGAGGUACAAUCGGUCCCUGGUGAAUUGAUUUGUCAUCAUCCAAAGCUGUUAUCAACCAUGUAAAAUUCAUUUUUUGUAGAAAUGAGGAAGUAGAAGUUGAUUUUGAAUAGUUAUUUUUUCCAUACACAGGAUCUUUCAUUACAUAUUUUGUUAAUUCUGGUAUGAUUUUUCUGUGCUACAUGUCUUUUUCUAAACUUUUCCUCUGAUUUAAUGCCUGACUUUUUUUAAUGCUAGUAAAUGAUUAACUGAAGUUCUACAAGUGAUAUUUCAUUCGCCAGGGAGACUGAGUUGAGUGCUGUCCCCAAAUUUGAUACAAUAUUGUGUUAGAAUUAAUAUGGAUAUUGAUGCAAAAUUAAUGCAAAUAGACUCCACAUCUAAUCCCACACUCCCUCACUCAAGUUCACUGGCAGCAACAGCAAGUUACUGCUUUGAUUUCAGUGCUGGAUAUGCAAUAUUUAUGAGAGGUUGCACUUUAUAGCAUUACUUUGGUUAUCGUUAUACCAGUGCACAUUAAAACAGUUUUUGGAACUGAAUUUGUUCCAACACUGUUGUCAGACCCCUCUUAGACAAAUCAGAGUCUGGGCUUUGGCAUAUUUAGCUUGUGGCUUAUCCCGGUAGAAGCUACAGCACCAGCUUCCUGAAGGUGCAGAAUGUAAUUAGCAUUUUGCUGGUUGCACCUGUACAGGACCAUGCAGGUCACUGCUCACAGUUGUAAGUGCCUAUGAUAUGCAGGGCUGUAUUUGGCCAUUUUAUGUCUCACUUCUGCUUUAUAUGUCUGCAGAGUCUGGCUUGAGUGCACUGAAUGUAGAAUGUAAUUGGUAUAACUAACAGCUAAUAUGAAAGAGCAGGAUAGAAGUCAUCACCAGACUUCAAAGGUUUUAAUGGAUUGGUGGGCAAUCAUGCCUCUCACGUAGUCUGUUGUAUCUUCUGAGAAAGACAGAAAUCUUCAGUGACCUCUAACCUUGGUAUGUUAGUCUCCUAUAUUUUAGUGGUCACAUACAAUUUUGUUUCAUUUCUGUCUAUUUAGACAGGCAUGGUCUUUCUUACCAUAAAAUCACAGACUCAUUUAAGUGGUUUGGGUUGCAAAGGACCUUGAAGAUCAGGUAGUUCCUGCCACUCACCAUGGGCAGGGACAUAUGUCUCCCUUUUCCAUUGAAAUAUCUGCAUCCAGGUAAACAGCUUUUUGGUGGGUAAUAAAGGCUAGUUUAAACCUUUUUAAUCCUCUUUCCCUGCUAGCUUCAGACUCAUUGAGAACAGUUGUUUUGAUACAUUUUGUCAUGUAGAUUGUGUAUGACAUUUGAGGCAUAGGCAUAUGUUGAAAAUGCAGUUGUUAAAAUACACUAGACAUUAUACAACCAUUUUCAAAUGGUAAGGCUUUUCUGAGUUGCUUUCUUAAACUUAACUGUCCAAAUGUAGUUUUGUUUAUUUUUUUCAUGAAACGUGAAAGCUCAUGCUGGCUAAAUGUGCAAUUCAAUUACAGUUUACAUUAUGGAGAAAAAUCAAUAGAUAUUCCCCUGUCUUUUUUUGGUAUGGGAGACAAAUACCCACAAAGAAAACUUUCCUAUUCCUGCCUGUUCAAGCCUGGUGGGCUUGAUCUUUCUUCGCCUUGGACUCAGUAUUUCAUCUCUCCCAUCAAUCCCAGUGAGCAUGGCUGAAUUUCAAUAGCAGAGCCUCUUUCCCAGGCAUCAUGCAGUAGCUUGUCCCAAAGCAGUGGGCAGAGCAGGGGAGGGGUAUUUCCUCCUCAUCACCUCGUGGAUACUUUGUCUCAGGAGAGCUGUGGCUAUUCACAUGAACAGGAGACAAGCAGACCUUCCUGGAUACACCAGCAGAGAUGCUUCUCUGGCUUACAGCCUCAGCCGUUUGCUGCUCAGCAUCCCACCCUGUGGUCCCUCAUGGUGUCUGAGCACUGUAGAUCUGGGGAAGAAAAUGCUCAGAAACAUUUCAGCAAAGGAAAAUAACAUGCAUCAAGCUUCUUGCCUCCACCAAAUCAAGCAUGGAUGUAAUUAUCUUUUUAACCAAGAUACUUUAAAAUGGACCAGGAGUGACUGAGAGGGAGUGAGAGCAGCCCAAUGAUAGAUUUAAAGUUCAACAGAGGGGAAAAAAAAAAAAAAAUCAUACAAGGAUUUCACAAGCAAUGACACUUGGGUGGUAUUUGGGAAAUCUUUUUCUUUCAAGACUAUCUUGCGAUUUACUAUGGGAGUAGCACAUCAAAGCUGCACUGACUUCAAAGCUUAAAACCACUUACGGCUUCCAGCUAUUACUAAAACCUACCACUUCACCCUGCCAGCAGCUCAUCUCAGCUGCCUCUUUAAGAUACACCCAUCUACUUCCUGCCUUCUGAUUUUGGGGAGGGAAAAAAAAAUAACCAGAAAAACUUGUAAAUUAAAUAUAGCUAUUCGCAGUGAAGCAAUGUCAAAGGGGAAAAAGGCAAAUGAAGGCAUUAAGACAUUAUAAAGAUUUAGUACAAACUCAACAGUGAUUUACAUAUGCACACUUGCAUUUGGCUGACUCUAAUAAAGCUGUCUGCUUUGAGUUAGUUCCCUGUGAGAGUGUUACCCUGGGGUAACAGGCCCUGAAUGAGGUGUGCAAGUUGUGUGGGCUGUUAUUUUGGUCCAGAUGUUAACUGUAGCUUGACACAACCCGUAGUACCAUGGCACUCCAGGAUAUCUUCACAUAUCCACAUACAAUGAAAUUCCCAUCCCUGUUCCAUCAGGGCAGUCCACAUCCUCUGAUCUGCAGAGAUACCUGUUUAUGUACCACAAAACAAUAUCCCACUGUGAAGCAAUGAUCACCAUUUAUUGCUGCAAUGUUAUUGAUUCUUUUAUAUUAGUGGUAGAGAUCUUGAAGGCAACAUUUUUAUAUUUUAUAUAAAAUUUGGGAGUCCCUGAAACAACUCAGUUGUAGUAGCACAGGGCUGUACUACAUUCUCUGAACUGAUAGAGGAAGGCUAAAAUUUACCAGAGUGGUAAUUUAUUGUGGUAUUAAUAUUGUUCAGCACUUUUAAUUGGUACAUUGUUAUUUUCUGAUUGGGAGAUUUAUGCCUGGGGUUUUUUAAAUGGUACUUUAAUUUCUGAAUACAAUUUGUCUUGCAGAUGACAUAUUAAUAGGAAGUUAGGAAUGAGUGUGGUCUUUGAGUGUGUUUCAUAUAAGAGUUUGUGUAUUCAGUACAAAUCAAUGACAGACUCUAGAGCUAAAUGCCAUUAAUCCAUUUACAGACAUUCAUUGCAAUGAAGAGGAAUUACCAUUGAAAGAGCCAAUCAUCCAUUAAGGAGAAUUUCUCUUCUUCCUUACAUAGUCUUAUAUUUUGAAAAUGCCUUUGCAGGUGUUUAAAGCUGAUUUUUUUUUUCCCUCCCCCUUUAUUUCUUCCCUUUACAAGGAAGGAUUUUGGCAGCACUGGAGAUGCUGGUAGCUUCUCCCAGCUGAGCUGGGACAGCAGAGAUGGCUGCACGUGGUGCCGACCUGCUGUUUGUGGCCACAGUGUCCAUCAGGACCUUGUCUUACCCUCACCCACACACAAAAAUUAUGUGUUUCUGCAUCAGACUCAUGGCAGACCUCAGUACAGAAAUGGGAGGGAAGACAAUAGGCUGUUUUGCCUGGAUGGUGGUUGCCACUGGAUGUAAAUAAUUGAAUUAUUGUAUACCACAGUCUGGUGACAAAAAGAGUAUUCUAAAAAGCUGACAUAUGAAAAAUUCUACAGGAAUUUACUGUUAUAUCUGUAUUACCUACAUGGCUAGUGUAUGUUCUCUCUGAAGAACGAGGCUCUGCUUUAAACUUGUAGAAGGGUAGAUGGGAGCUUCCUGGCUGGCUGAUGAUGCAAUCAAAUAGAAAGGUUAUUUGUAAUAAUUAUGGACACUCCAUCAAAACAUUCCUAUAUUUUCCUGUGUGACAGAUUUUUUCCUCUUCUUAAUACAUGCAUUUCUCAAAUAAGCUGUGCAGCCCAGUAUCAGUCAUUUAAAGUUUACUGAAAAUACACAAGGACAUCAUAUCUCCUGUCCUAAUCUUAAACUUGGUGUAUUAACUUUCUUGCACAGCUUGCAGCAUAGGAGUGUGAUAUACAGCUCUGGCAAGGAAGGCUAACCACAUACAAAUUCAUGAAGUACUGCUGGAUUGGCAAGAACCAGCAAGGGUGUGCAAGCAUGGGGGCAUGGUUUCUAUAAUAUUACUUAAUUAAAAUAAAAAGGUUGGAUUUUGUUUCUGCAAAUAACUAUGCAGAAGCCAUCUGCAGAAGCUAUUGUUUCAUAUGCUUACUUUCACAACAUGAAAGUUGUGUCAGUUGCAGUUCACAAGCAGAGCUGGACUUGAAGUUACAGAUCAGAUACAUUAGGGUCCAAAAAAUUAUUUUGGAUUAGUGCAGAAAAUUCAGGAAGGCAUAGUGAAUUCCUUAACUCACAGGGUUGUAUCUAAAUAUUUCAUUAUUAUUCUUUAUUUAUUCUUGCCUUUCUAAUAUUUUGUUCCCUUCAUAUUCAAAGAUGGCAAGAUUAUGGAAGCAAUAAGCACUACAGUAUACAUUUAAAUUUAGUUGUGACAUGGUGGUGUGGAAAGUGUUCUUCUGAUGUCAGGCUGGCUUGAUCCUCUGUCUACAUUAUUAAAUCUUCUUAAACACCUCCAUUAUAGUGUUCACCUUGCUUGACUUCAAAGAGCAGGAAAGCCACGUAGAGAGAGUGAGCCACAACUCUGCAGAGUGGCUUACCCAUGGUUACUUAGAAAUGCUAAUUGCUCCGCUGCUGUGUUUAUGAAGUUAUCUGUUUUUUGUUCUGCAUCUCUAGAAUCAAAGUAAUAAAAAGACUGAGAUAAAUGUGGAGGCUAAAGAUAUUCUGUGGUCUGAAGUCAUUGCCAUUCACCUUUCUAAACCUUGUCCACUCCCACCCCACCACCCUCCCCCCCAAAAAACCAAUAAUUAAUUAAAGGGGUCAUUUUGGGGUAAAGCAAAGUUGGUGCUAUUACUGAGGAACCUCUUGAGUGUGGGCUCACUGACUCAGUCAAGGAAAGGAUGUGAAUGAAUGCCUGACUUACCACUCAGAGUUUAUUGGGAACUAAUCUGUUCAAAAUGUUUGGACUAAGCUAAAACCUGGCUUGCUCAUCUAACGAAAAAGGUCAAAACAGAGAAGAAAGUGCCAUGGUUUGUGUUAGGUGACACUGUGCCCUGCUUGUCUAAUUUGAUUACACAGAGCCACUGAAGCCCGAGGCAAAGCUGAUUUUAGCUGUAAUCAGCUUCUUAACCUUUUGAGAACUAACAUAAACACUACCUACUACUGGUUAAUUACGUUGCUCUACUACAUACAACAAAGUACAAAGGUAAAAGUGUAGAACUGUUGUAACACAUGUUGUGACAAGGUCACUCCAGGGGAUUACAGUCUUCCAUGUUUUAUCUGCACUCACUGAUUUCUUUCUUAAAAAUUAAAAAUGGACCAUGAGCAGGGAGCAUCAGUUUAUCGAUUGCAGGCAGCACUGUCCAGUUGUGCUACUGCUUUGUCUCAAAUUCCUUACAUACUGAAGGGAUGACCUACUGUGGGUUAGACUGCUAUGGGGGUGGAUCUGCUUUUUUUAAUUAUUUAGGAUUAUCUUUGUUCUAAUUGCUUACUUGUAAUUAAGCAUGUGUGCUCCCUUCCUCUAUGAUGAGCAUCUUCCAGAAAAUCUUGUAAUCUCUUUUGGUAGAAACAUCAUGUCCAUAUGAGACACCUGUCUCUAGGUAAGAUAAAUGGGAUAUAUUUUAAUUUCAGAUUUUGGCAAGAAACAUAUAUAGGCAAGAAAUAAAAAUCUGAGGCACCAAAACUGUGCUUUUGCAAAAUCUGUGUAUUCUAGCUUCAUCUGUGUUUUGCUUCAUACACUUCUUCUAGUUUGACAGAAAAUUUGCAUUUCCAUGGACUUCAAAACCUUCAGGAUAUUUGUAAGCCAAUGGGUUUUCAAUGUAGUUUGAAUUUUUCUGACCUGUGCUGAUCUGUGGUGUUUAUAUAAGGAAAUAUUGAUCUACUCAUCUCGCAUACUUGCUUUUCUUAUACUCUUGCCACUUGGACAUAGCAUGUUGCCUCUGGGUUUUCCACUCUUUAGAAAGUCCGUCUGUUUUACUCUUUCUGCCCUACUAUUGUUGUCAGCAAUCCAUCACUUGUCUCCAAAAGUCUGCUCAGAUUAGCAUCCCUAAUGAUUUACCAUUAUGAGCAGUAUUAACACGGGUGUUGCAAGGCAGCCUUCUGCUGCUGGUGUGCUCUGCUUUGUCUCAGAGGGGGUGUUGUGGUAACCCAGAGGUUGUUCCAUAGCUAUCUGUGCCCAAAAUUGUUACUGUCUCUUUACAACCCUGCCUCUGGGAAAGAGAGGUGAGUUGGCGUGGGGAAGGGUGUGGUUUGUGCUGCUUUUGAAGUCAUGCUCUGUCGCGGCGUGGGGUUUGCCUCACUGGCUUCUUGGUCUUUGCUUAGGCAGAAACUUUUCCUUCCUAGCUUCUCUUUUUUGGGGCUUACGAUUUUUUCCUCAUCUCAGCGAGACUCCAGUUAGCAGUUUUGGGCUGCCUGGAGGUGAGUUCUAUAGGUGGCUGCUCACUGCUGGUGCUGCUUCCCCAGCUGGGGUGGCCCCACUCCAUCCAGCUCACCAUUGGCACCCUGCCGAGCAGAGGAGGCUACGGAGUCACCCCAGCCCAGACACCCAAGCCCUUGGCUGCUCCUGCUUGUCUUCUGCUGAGAGAAAGGCGAAGUUCCUCUGCAAGUUCUGCCCUGACCGAGUUUCCAGCCACCAUCGGAGCAUGCCAGCUGCCUUUCUCAGCAGAACCCGGCUACUGGAGAGUUAAGCAGAGUGAUGAGGUCAGACUGACACUUUUACCUUUGUCUUUCAAACCAUGCACUCAGGGACAUGGCCAGCAUUUUGUGUCUCUCUUUGUUCUGAGGAGUCCACAAGGUUUAGCAGUUUGGUAUCAGGUGAUUAUUUUCUAUUAUUUCUUGGUUGUUGCUGUUCUCAUCAUUAGUAAACUGUUAGUUUUUAUGUACAUCUGCUCAUAUUCAUUCCUUGUUGGUGGAAAGGGAUUGGCUGAACCCAUAAAGGGAGCCACCUCAUUCCAGAGUGUUCUCCUUCAACUUGUCUUAAACCAAGACAGGGAAUAUUCUGAAGCUGGACCAUGGGGCCUCAGGAUGUUCAAUGCCUUCAGCCCACCUGCUUUGCAUGAAAAUUGUAGUGAGGAACUGUGAUAGACUAGCAGGGGUAAGUUACACUAGGGACAUAGAUGAGGUUUCAUUUAAUUCAGAUACUUAUUAACUAGAAUUAAUAAUGACUAGAGUUAAUAAAGUAAUAAUAAAAAAAAAAUCAAACUACCAACAAAACAACUACAAUAAAUAAUAACAAAACACUUGCACACAUAAAAAUCUUGUGGAGUGUAUGCAUAAAAGGACAUACACAAGUCAUUUAUAAGGUCAGAAUUUGUUUCCUUUCCUUGCAGGCAAUAACUGUAAGGUUUACCUUACACAUAUUUAUCCGUGGCAGAAGUACAGUGUGUUGAGCAGAAAUUGGGCCAACUACUGGUGUCUGAGCAGCAGAUAGGUAGCAGAUUUUUUUUAGCUGACUCUCAGCAUGGAUGUGAGUGAACCCUGAAUAGAAAUCUCUUGAGAUUUGCUGAAUGAGAAUAUGAUCUUCAUCUUAGGCCCCAUAAUUUUCUACAGGAAAGGAGUAUGCAUAAAGAAACUGAGGCUGACUGUGACCCCUUUGGGUUUCUUGCAAAGUUUUUGGCAUUUCAGUAUGUAGCUGUACAGGUUUUCUCAUGUUCUGAUGGCUCUGAUGACACAGCCUGGCAGCUGUGUGCACAGCUGAGUAACUUUAGGCUGUUUUCACAUAGACUGUGUUUUCCCUCUACAGCCAUCAUGUAACACUUUCUCUGACCUACUCUAACCAUCCCCUUCUCCUGAUUUUGAUUCACAGAAGGAAAAAUAAUUAAUUUCAAGUGUUUAUUGUGUAGAUCACCGUGGCAUUGGUUGCAUUUCCUGAACUGAUAGAAAGUUUCAUCUCUAGCCAAACCAGACAUGAUUAUCCUGCAUUUUGAUUUUUCUUCACCUCUCCUCCACAAAAAAAGAAAUGGGAUCACAUUAUCUUCUGGUCCAGCUGUCAGAAAUGAGAGGAGAAGAGGCAUGUCUGCAAAACAUGUCAGUCUCCACAUUUAGAACUAGAUGUUCUCAAGCCACCUUAUUUCCUCAAUACAUUCCAGUUACAAGGAAGUUUUGUGUUGAGUUUCUGCCAUGUGGGUACCUGCUUUGUUCCAGGAUUGUUGUCAGGGGACUGUUUGGGUUCAGCCGAUUGCUGUGGACAGUAACAGGCAGCAAUGAACAGCAGUAAUACCACAGACAUAGAGCAGUAUCUUUGCCUCCCAGAAGGAAACUUUGGUGCCCCUUACACAGAAGUUCAUUUCUGGAGUAUAUGGCACAAGCACAGAAAUUUGGCUGUGUCUUAAUGAGUUGGAUAACUGUGGUUGCUCACAAAGGAAAUGAAAGGCUUUUUUUCUGUUUCUGAACAUACUCAGAAGCAAGGGAAAAGUGCUGUGCUGUGCUGCACCAUUACUGCUCAUGUAUUGAGACUGGCAGCAGCUGUUUUCCAAUCUCUCUUUGAGAAUCAGCCUUUCUUUCCAUCAGCUAUCAUGAGAUGCUGCUCCUGACUGCUGAAAGGGUCUGUGUGCCUCACAGUACUGGCAUAACAGCAACAGCAAAUUUCUAUCCUGACCUAGCAGAAAUGGGACCCUGAAGAACAGGAGUGAGGCCUGUGCAGGGUUGAAUUUUAUCAAGGGCUGCACAGAGAAAUCACAGAGGAGUCAAGCAGAAUUUGCUUUUGCCCCCUGGAGAAUAAAUUGCUUUGCAGCAGCAGAUAGAGGAUAAGUCAACAAUGAUGCAUGGCUGCAGAAAAGACAAACCUUUUACAGACAUAUCUAAAUAAGCCUCUAGCUUACAAAACUAUUGGUGAUGCUUCAGCCUGGAGCCCCUGUAGGCAGUACGGCCCUUGGAAAAGGAGAACUACUUAGAAAACAUGAAAAGGAAAGCAGAAAAAGUGAUGAGAAGUCUAGAAAAUGUGGCCUUAAUAAAAAGGGUGAAAAGCAGGAAAACAUUUAACCUAAAGAAAGAGGACUGAAACAAACAUGGUGGAAGUCAUUGGGUUUGUGAGUGUUUCGGAGAGGGAAGGAAUAGUCUGUUCUCUGCACACCUGGUAAAUAGUACAAAAAGGAAUAAAAUUAAAUCACAGCAGGAAAGUUCAAAUUAGACACUAAGGGAAACUUUCUAAUGGCAUAUCUGGAGUUACUGCAUUCCACGAAGGAGGUUUUUUAAGAACAGGGGAGACAGAUGUUUGCCGAAAGGGAUGUAGGGGCAUCAAGUCUUGCUGUGGGCCAGGGCAUGGACCGUGUGACAUCUGUGUCACACCUGCUUGUUCAUUGCUGUAUGAAUGAGCAGAGAAAAAGAAAGCUAAGCAACUGAAUAUCCAGAUGACACAGAUUGUCAGGUUCCGUUUUUAAGCUAUUUUUUAAUUUUGAACACAUUCUUGGUGUCUUUGCUAAAGAUAAAAUAAAUACUAUACAAUACAGUCAUGUAAAGCUGUUUUAGUAAUGUAUAAUAGAACUAUUUUUCUAAUAUCUCAAAUCUUUAGGUUUGCUUUCUGGCAGGUGUGUUGGGUGACAUUAUCUAUUAUGUUUGUCCAGAUGCAGAGGACUGACAGUUAUUGAUAACAGUGUCCUCUCUGGUCUGACAUACAGUAGCAAAAGAAAGUCUGUUAGGAGGUGUUAGCCAGGAACAUACCUUGUCAUUGUUUUUGAUGUCCGGAGUAUCCCCAGUCAGGGAGUGAAACAAAUAUAUCACAUUGCUGAAGUGGUCUGUCACACACAGGGAAUAACAAAUAAGCCUUAGUAAAGUGUUUAUGAACAGUACAUUUAUGAAUUUGUUGAAUAUGUCUGUAAAACAAACAGCUUGAAACCUGGAUGUCUUUGUGAAUAUGCUAACAAGAAAAUAAAAAUAAAAAAAAGGGUGCAUGUAGUUUAUAAUAAGUAAACAAACUGUUUGUAUGCCAUAGUAAAACACAGAAGAGUAAAAAUUGAAGUCUGUUUGUUCGUGUUCACUCCAGAACACCUUAAUACAAUUGAUUUGUAGUAAGUGAAAUUAGUGAAAUAAGCUGUGCUGCUCAGUUAGUUCCUAAUCUUACAGCUUGUAAAUAAUUCUUUGCUGAGGCAUUGUGUGGGCCGUGGCCAGCUUCAUUUCCACUCUGUUCCCAGGAAAUAAAGGAGCAAAGUGCUCUUGCAUUUGCAACAUAUUCCAUGGAGUGGAUUGGAAUAAUGAUAUGGCUAGGGGGAAAAAUGAAUAAACCAGAUCAAAACAAGUACCUUGGGAAUCUUUUAAUUUUUUUUUUCCUUCCAUGAUGUCAGAUCCCCUAACUCCUGGGAUUUUGGACAGUGGGGAUGCUUUAGUAAAUGUGCAGCGAGAAAACUGCCAGAUUGAAGAUUUCUUUAAUGUUACUGUCCAAAAUCACCAGCCAUGCUUGAAAAUAGAAGUUCUUAACAGAACAUGCACUCUCAGUAUGUGACUUUUAGCUGCAGGGGGCAGAGCAUAUGCUUUUAGUGCCAAAAAGUUGUUUGGGGUUUUUUUAUUGUGUUUGUGUCAAACUUCUGCUUUUAUGUUUCAGGCUCUUUUUGCAUUUCAGUCUUCAAGGCUUGCCAUGAAAGGCAUAAAUAGCUGCAAAAAAAUCCUGAAAUCCUGCAGAUCAUUUAAGAAUUUCUGAAUCUGUGAUUGAUUCUUUGUAUUGUAUAGAGACUAAGGAGAUACUCGGCACACAGUGAUGUCUUAAUUCACUUGGAGUGGGUGUGAUUUUCUUUCUUUUAUGAGAUUAAAUAAGAGAAAACAUUUUGUCCCUACAGGAUUUGUGUGUGGUUGCUUUAUUUAUUCAGAAUAUGCAUCCUUCACUCAGCCAUGUGGGAUUUAAUGAAUCAGUCCAGAAACUUCUGAGCACACAGAGUUUAUGUCGCUGUUGGUGUCACUGGGAUGUGAAGUUCCUGAAUGUUUGUUUAGGAGAUGUCUGGCAUCUACUUGCAUUUGACCAUCAGUUUCUAAUAGAAUGGCCCAGGCAGCCCUCUCUUCUUUUCUGAAGCUUCAUUGAAAACAGUCACAGAGGUCAUAGCAUACUUCUGUCUACCUUUUUGGGGUGUCCUGAGUAAUUUGCUUUGCUAGCAGAGUGUAAGAUUUGCCUACAGUGACUCAAGCAAGGACAACAGCAGUUUGAGUUGCUUUGGGUGUUGUUCUUGCUCAGGGGCAGAUGUCAGUCUCUUACAUAGAAGCAGACAGUGACAGGUGCUUUAAUAAGCCUGGGGUAACAAAACAGGCUAAUUUAACACCCUGAUUUGAAGGCUGAUUGUGUGCAGUUUGCCUUGCUGGAGGAGAUCCUGUGCAUACUCUCUACUCUGGUGUGGAGCUGCAGAAAAACAUAGAUCAAGUCACAGACUUUCUAAGUACUUCUAUUUAGAUGUCUUUUCAUCCUAAGUUCAAUCAGAGGGUUAAAACCCAUUUGUCACAGCCAAAGGGAAGAGUUGGCAUUAUAGCAUCUGGUGGGAAGAGGAGUCAGUCCACCAAAGGUGUCACUAAUUUUUUGGAAGUGGCUCUUGCCAUGGCUUGGCAGAGCCUUUAUUCAAAUCUCUGCUUGUCAAUUCCAGAUACAUUACUUUUUCUAUAUGUUAUACUUCAUUGCCUCUUGAUCUAGUUGAAUUUUGUGAUCAUGGAUGAUGGUGUUAAAUAUAGAUGUCAGUAGCUUGUUGCAUAGAUGGUAGGGACAUCUCAGGUCAUCAGCAAAUUGUCAUACCAGAAGUGGAGGAAUGAUUAGUGUGUAGUAUUGCAAAUACUAGAUUCUAACUACUGUAUCAUUAUUUAUAGUUUUGUAGUGAGUUAAUGGUGGUCUGUAUUUUACUUGCUGACCAAUCUCUGGUCUUUCAGUUUUUGAAAUAGAUUUUUUUUGCCCAUCCAGUGAUGUGGAAAGGAAACUUGAAUUCUUUUCAGCUGUCAUCAGCAAGAAACAAGAACCCUCAAAUUAUUUUUCAGAUCACACAAUUUUUAAGUCACCCUCAUUAUUAUUUUGUGAAUUUUCAGAAGCUGGUGGAGGCAAAAAUGCAUUAGCCAUCUGGAGAGCUACUAAGCUCAAACUGCAUGUUCAAGGGUCAUCAUGCAGGCCUUCUCCUCACUCAGGUCUGCCAUAGUUGUCCUGAACUUGGAUGGGCAACAAGGAGAGAGACACCACCAUGUAUGUCCACAUUAUGAAAUGAGGGCCAUCUGCUUCAAUGGGUAAUACUGGAUAAUAGACUGUUUCAUGCAAAUAGUAAUUCACUAGCAAUUACUCUAACAACUAGACACUGAAGGCAAAUCUUACAAAAAACAUUCUAAAUUUGUCUCCUUGUUGUGAUAGACAAGAUGAAUAUGCAAAUAAAUUAAUGGUAUGAACAUUCUGUACUCUGUCCUGUGCAUUACUUAGAAUUAAUAAAUAGGGGCUUGGAGUAUGGCUUGUGAGAUGCAGAGCUUUUCAUGUCUGUCUGCAGCACUCAACCCACAGCAGAGCCAGAACUGUUUAUGUUUGAUACUGGCAAAAAAAAUACAGAAAAUAUGAAAUUAAUGUGUUUUAAUAGGCAAGAGCCUGACUUCACAGCUCAUAAUCUUGGCCCUAAAAUGUAUGUGGAGACAGACUUUGUGAAGACUUUGAGGCUGUUUAACAGCCUGAGCCUCAGCCCAUCCUUUUGCUGGCUACCUCCCCUCUAACAAACUCUUCAUAGGGAUAUGCAUCUUCCUGCAAGAUGACAGCAUUAAACUGAAAAAAAAAAAAAACCCACACAUUUUUAUUAAUGUGAUGGCUAUGUUCAUUUCUGCAAAUUCUACCUCAGGGGCAGUUGCUCAGCAGAGAGGCAGGACAAGCAGCAGAGAGCAGCAGCACUUAAAAUUCUUGCAGCUGAGUCUGCAGGAAGCUUGUGUGCUGGAGCCCUGAAAUAUGCUCCCCAGCCUGGGGCAGUUUUCAGACCGUGUGUAGACAUAUUGACAGAGUACAUAAAAAACUCUAGUAUUGAGACUGCCUGUUCUGCGUGUGUUUGGAGAACAAGGUAUUUCAAUUUUGAGGAUUAUAAAUUGAUGUGUUUACAGUGCAGAUACAGUAGAAUACCACUUGCACUGUUACCAAUCCUUUUGAAUUACCUUUUGUAGUUAGGCACAUAACUGUUCUUAGUUUAUUGGUCUUGGGGCUUGGGGUUUUUUGAGUUUUUUUUUAACCUGAAGUUUUAACAGUCUCCAGACAAGGUUGUGGAACUUCUUUUCCACGCAGCUCUUUCUCUACAGAGGAGUUCCUUGCCUGAUUUGGGAAUCUGUCUGUCCUUUGCCUGAAACAUUCCAUAUUUAGAGGCAAUUUUGUUUCUUAGUCCUUCCUAAGAUUUCAAGACAGACAAAGCACUGCCUUCUCUAAGGGGUUUGACAAUAAUCAUGGAGCACUUUAUGUCCCGCAGUGAAAGAAGCAGGACAGCAGAGCUGAGGUUGUCUUUCCUCUUCCCACAUGUAGCUCCUUAGUAAUACUAAUUUGCUUUUCCUGUUUAAAUAUUUCAGAGUGGGCAAUCAAUAUUAACAAACAUCAAAGCUUAGUGGGACUGCAGAGCCAGAGACAUGGGGUCAGUUCUCAAAGGCUUUUCCGGAACGUUGUAGUGGUUGGUGGCAGAGGUCUUUUGGGCAUCGCUCCCCACUGGAAAGCUUCAGCCUGUGGGAUGUGUGGAGGUAGUGUUAACCCAGCUCCAUUCAUGCAGUGACUUUGUAAGACUAUUUAGGUCCUGGAGCUGUACCUUGCAUGUUGUGGUAAAUGCUGUACAGGAACCACAUCUCUUUUGCUUUAUAGUACAGUGCAAGUGUGUCAUGUGUGCCUCAUCCCUUAAGUUAUUCUUCCUUCAGGUAAUUUUUCCCCACUGGACACAGGAACCAGAUUGAGCUAUAGAGUUGGGGAGUUGGAUAUUAGCAGGAAGAGGGCUAUGAUUUAAAAAAAAAAAUAAAUAAUGAUCUGUCCUAAGGCAAUGAUGUAUCUUAAGCUGUUAUAAUACUGGAUCAUGGAAAUGCAAACCUGGAAGGGGCCUCAGUUGUCAUAUCCCUGUGCCAGGCACCAGAAUGAUGAAGCUGUAGCUCUGUGGUCAAGUGUUUGUCUAUGUGUACAGGUGUGUACAAAGGCCUGUAUGUGUACGGAGCACUGGAGGUUUACAGGUGCUGCAGCAGGUUCCACAUGCUCGGGACAAAGGUCUUAAACACCCACCUCCGGUAUCUCUUUGCAGUAGUCUGUUUCACUUCUGUUUUCCAAACAUUUCUAUGCAGUUUACCCAGCCCCAAGACAAAAGGAGUUCUUGCACUAGCCCAGAAUGCACAAGAGCCAACAACCACGUGUCAUCCACAGCAAACAACUAUUUGGAUAACUUCAGUCAUCAGUACUUGUGCCUUGUGAGAAAAGCCUCCUCCUUUGGAGCUGCUUCAUCGUAGUCUUCAGGACCAGGUGGUAACCAGGUUGUCUGAAGUUAUCCCCUCAAUGCUUGGCUUCCCCAUCCCUAGAGCAAGGAUGCCUGUUCUCCGCUGUGAUAGUAAAUGUAAUCCAGGUGGUGGAACAUUCAGACUGUAUGGCAAUGAAGACAUAUUCAUACCCAAGGCAGAAAGACCCAGAGUGUAGAAAAUACCCUUAUUUUAUGUGAGAUACUUAUUUUGAAAGGAGGAACCACAUUAGAAAGAUGGCUUUAUCAAAAUUCUGGCCAGCUACUGUGGAGAAAUCAACUGAAGUUUAAUGGAUAGUGGAAAAAAAAAGUGAGGUCAAAUUCAUGUUGCUGCUGGUAGCAGAAACCCACAAGGUGUGAGAAUUCAGAAGGGAAAAUGCUACAAAAAUACAUCUGGCACUGUCCAUACUGAUGUUCUAUGUGUGGUAUAAUGGAAGGUGGAAUAAAACAUCAAAAGUGAUAGAAAGUAUAACUGGAGAUAUGUUACCUGGGACAGACCUUAAUAUUUACAAAUGAGAAAUUGAGUAAGGAUUUACUACAAUGAUCAUUUACAGCAAACAAGUAAACCAUGCAAUACCCUUUGAAACAGUAAAAUAGAAAAAAAGUUAAAAUCUAUAAUUUUAAUCAAAAGUUUGUUUCUGUCAUUGAAAUUCUGUUAUUGCUGCUUACAAACAUUAAAGUCAAUCAAAACAUCAGUAGCUUGCAAGAUCAAUAUUUUUAAUAUGUUUGCAUUGCAGUGCUGCAGAUUUUUGGCUAAUGGAUCUCACCCAUAUUGAUUUCCAUGGGAAAUGUUAGUCUGAUACUGAAAUAAUUUAAAAAAAAAAAAAAAGCCAGGGAUUAUUGGUUUGGAAUUUUGAAGGAGAUAGAAGUAUAAAAAUUGGUUAUUGACUGAAUUGCUUGGGGUGAAUGAACCUUCAGCACUUGCAAUAAACUUGUAGCACAGAGUCAUUACUGAAUACUGCAUUAGUCCCUUAAACCUAAAAUCAGUCAAUAUCCUAUUAUAACAAUGCAAAUUGUGGUGAAAUAGCAUAGUGAGUCAUUUUCAAAGCAGCAGGAUUUUCAUAAGCAUCUACAUACAUAUAUGGAUGGAUGUAUUAAACCACCUCUGGGAUAUGCACAGCAACUGAUUUUCAAACUAAUUUUAAAUAUUUUGAGUUUAUGUUGAUAUUAAUGCAGAAGAGUUGAUAUGAAGUAUUUUUUUAAAUAAGUUUAAUGACUUUAUGGCUACAAAAAUGAAUAAAAAUGCAGUAAGAUAUCAUAAAUAUAUACAUAUGUACUUGUAUAAAAAAAGUACUCAAUUAUUGUCCCAGUUCUAAACACAUGCAGGUGAGUUUGGGGUUUUUUUCCAAUUUAUUCUGUCUUUUGGGGGAGACAUGUGAAAACUGCAAGUAGUGAUUACCCUGGACCCAGACCAUCCUACACCAUGCCCCACACCUGUUCUGUCUGGCUUCUGCUCUUUUUAUUCAUCCUCUUUUUUCAUAAGUAUUAUGAUUUUGCUUACCUAGCACAAUUCUCUUUUUAAACGAGGAUUCUGCAAGCACAGUGGCAUCAUGCCUCUCUCUGAUACCUGGUGAAAUAAAUGAGCUAUCCAUUCCAGAAUAUACACUGCAUUCCCAAACAGGGACAGAAUGAGUUUACCACAGUUAGAGCAAAGCUAGAAUAGAAAUCUUUAUUCACAGUUAAGUGAAAAACAUCUAAGUAAAGAGUUUCCUUUUGGUUCCUGCUUUAAAAAUGCCUUGAGCCUUUGUAUUUCUCUGCACUGGGGACCUGUAGCUAAAAAUGGGUACUGCAAUAUGCAGGCUGUUGUGUGAAAUAUAUUUUCACCUGAGCUGUAUAAAUAUUUAAAAAAUGUAUACUAACACAUGAUGACAAUUCAGUGUCUGUGAUAGUAUGGAAAAGAGAAAUUGUAUUCAUGUUUUAUUAUUACAAAGUCAUAUGUGGACAUUUCCUGAUUUAUUUUUUUUCCUAAUUUUUUGCUUUUCCCACACCUAGCCAGAAAUAAAUUGGACUAAGUUUCAGUGGUCUGCUUGGAUCAAUAUAUUAGAAAAUAUGCCAUGUAUGGAGCUCAGCAGAAAUCUGAUAGAGGCAGGAUCAGUAAUUGGUGCUUCACUUUACCUACAGUAGUCAGACAAGAGGCAGGUUGCUGUAUCCUGCUGGAGUCAUGAUGGACUGACACAUUUUGGGAAUAACUAGUAAUGAAGUCUAAAAUCUCUCACUAAACUUGUUAAUAGGGUCUUGUCAUUGACAAAGUACCUCUGUAGUUACUCUUCAAGUCACGCAGUUUCUGGAUAAUUAACCUCCUCCAAAUUACUCAAACCGCUGAGUUAGGACAGAGAGAUGUUGGUGUCAGCCCAGCCGCAGGCAGAAGGGAUGAUGUAACAACCUCCCUGUCCCUGCACUGCAUGCAACCCUGCACCACUGUGCAGGACCAGGUUUGGGCUGAUUUUGGAGCAUCCUACUGAUUUCACCUUGUCUGGGAUAGAUUUCCCUUUUCUGGUCUUUUUUAAAGUUUUUUUGUUGUUUUUUAAGUAAAUACUAAAAUAGCAUUUCAGAAUACAGCUUUCCAUAUUUACCAGUUCUGCAGCCCAGAAUGCUGGAUGUGCAUCUCUAUUCCAUAAUUUUUAAAAGAUAGUAGAAGGAUGAGGAGUGUUUCCUAAGAACAAAGAACUAAUGGAAGAUAAAAUCCUCAUUUGUAAAAAUCGCUCUUCCUUGUAGCUUUAAACUUGUUAACGUAAUUAGUAAAAAAUAAUAUUUUUCCUUUCUUAAAUAUCAGAAGCAGAGAUUUAAUAUGUGUAGGCAGGGGUAGUGAGAAUAGUAAGCAGAGCUUCUGGUACUUAAAAUUUCACGUUCUCUUAAUGAGGAAAAUAAAAGUAUUUUAAAGGAAAGUAAAAAUAGUAUAUUUCCCCACUUGUUUUUGCAGCUAUUCCAACCCUUUUCAACUCAAAACAGAGAAAAAUAUGAAAGUUUGAGCUUUUGUACGUUAGAGCAAGCUAAACCAAGAAAUCCAACAGGACUGCAACAUUUUUUCUAAAACCUUUUUAAAAAAAAAUGCAGUUUUUCGUAUAAUGUAGAAGUUGUGCAUAAAAAAGAAAAAAUUAACAAAUGCACAGUACCAUAGGAAAAGUUUAAAAGAGCCAGAAUGAAGUGUAAUGAAAUGCUCUUGAUAGUUAAAAGUCACCGUCAUGAAUUAAGUGGGAAGGAAAAUCAGUAAGUGCAUCAAAGGGCCUUUAGCAAGAUCACAAGUGAGUCUGGAGCCGGAGGUGAAUUUAUGUGACUUGUAGAAGGACCUUAAAAGCACAGAGAUGAAGAACUUCCUACCAUAUUCAAUUCUAGCAUGCAUGCAGUGUUUUGCUGUCCACUCCCCUUGGUCCCCUUGGAGUGGUAAUUCCAGCAGGACAGAGGUGAUCCUGCAAGGUUGUAGUGUUCCUUGCCACUGAAAACAAUGUUGGGUGCUGACUCUGGAGCCAGUCCAGAUUUGUUGUCCCUGUGGUAACAGCUACAAUUAUUUUCAUAAUCCACCUCUGUGAAAAUAAAAUGUAUUUAUAAUAA